GUUAUGUUCUUGCAAUUUAUUUGAAAGCCUAUCGAAUUACCCCCAACCCAAAACUUUCAAUAGUCAGAAUGCGCCCGAAAAACUGAAAAAUUGAGCAGAAGGUGGCGAUAAGGUGUCAUCGCAAUGGAAGGCAGUGUAAGGUCCAAAGACUUGGUAGGUGUGCUAUCAAUGGAUUCUGAUUUUGCAUUUGAAUCCUCAAUCACAACAAUACUUCUUUUGUACAAUGAGUUCAUUCAGGGGACAAGAAGUAGAGAAGCAUACGCAGUUGCAGCGAAAAGUGGACCAGUGGGUCAAAGAUUUGCACAAGGAACGAAAGUGAUUGCAGAAGGUGGAUAUGAGUUUUUAGGGAUCAUUGGAGACCACCAAUUUUGUUCUUCUGAUAAAUAUUGUGUUCUAGUUAAAGCUUUGAGGAACACUUUGUGAAAACCACACAAGAAAUUUAAGAAGAAAGAUUCAGAAAUAAAGUUAAUUCAACCUUUGGAAGUCAUAUUCAUCCACAAACAUCAUCAGGAAAUGACUAUGGUUACACAAAAAGGGAACAACUUCCAACCCCC